AUGAGUGAAAGUAUAGUGGUGAACAGAGAGAGUUUGUAUGAAGACGAGGAGUUUGAUCAUCAUCAAAGGAAACUUGCAGCACUUCUUGUAUCAAAGAAUUCAUACAACAAUCCAUUAAAAAUUAAUGACUUGGCAAGUGACAUGGCACCUGCGGUAGCGGCGAAGGUAUGCGGUGACAAAAUUUACUUUUAUAGAGUUGGCUUUUUUGGUUUCCAAGACACUUUGUGGGACGAAUCAGGAAGACAUUACUACAAGUAUUGUACCGUACAAGGUGCUGUUGAUUUUAUCUUUGGUGCAGGCCAUGCUUUGUUUGAGAGGUGUUCCAUAUCUGUUAUUGAUGCGGCACUGGGUCCAGGUAGGCCUGGUUAUAUCACAGCACAUGGGAGAAAUAAUCCAAACGAUGCAACUGGUUUUGUUUUCAAAGAUUGCAAGGUUUUUGGAAAUGGGAAAACUUACUUAGGAAGGCCUUGGAGAGAUUACGCUAGAGUUCUUUUCUAUAACACCUAUAUGUCCAACAUUAUAAAACCUACUGGUUGGGAACCAUGGCAUUCCGUUGGACAAGAGUAA